AUGGACGAAGUAUCAUUGUCCCCACCGCCGGCUGUGAUUGCCUUACGAGAAUCAUUUGGCGAUCGUAAGCCGCCUGACAUCACUCGCAAAAUCACCGCCUGCGUGGCAUGCCGAAAACAAAAGGUAAAAUGCCAUAUGCGAGAUGGACAAGUACCGUGUUCAAGGUGCAAGAAGCGCGGUUUGCCCUGUGCUGUCAAUCGCAGCUUGCAAACACUUCUAGAAGAAGAUGUUACAUGGAAAGGUGCAGUUGUGCAAAAGAUCAAAAACCUUGAAGAUACAAUUGCAAGAAUUGCAGCCAAAGUCGAGUUACCUGACCUUGAUCUUCAAAUACGGCCAGAGGAGCCAGAAUCGAUGACCCCGCCUGUUGUUGAGAUGGCUAAUGCAGAGCAACCAGCCAGCCCAGAACCGCAUUCAAGAGAAGAAAAAGAUCCAACACAGACUUGGGAGGUAGUCAUGGAUCCUCACGGGGGCCCAGCAUCAAUACCUGCAUCCUGCCUCUCUGAGAACAUUAGAGCGACAAUACCAAAUAGCCUCCCAACUUCUCGAAGGCCGGACUUGAUAUCAAUCGGGAUCAUCACACUUCGACAAGCAUUGGCAUUGUUUGAUACAUACUAUCUACGGUUGGAUCAUUUCUUGUAUCGCAUACUGGGUGAUCAUAUUAGUCUGGAUUCAGUGCGAAUCGCAUCACCACUAUUGACCGCAGCGGUCUGCACAGUGGGAGCGCUCCACUCGCCGUCCCUUGGCUACUUGUUUAGUACCUGCUAUGCAGAGUACAAAGACCUUGUGACCUCACAAGUGUUCUCCAAGAAUGCAAAUCCUGACGAUAUUCGAGGGCUUUGUAUUGGUGCAUUCUGGCUGCAUGAGCUUUCAUGGGCCCUGAUUGGAAACGCGGUUCGGGUUGCAUCCGAUAUAAAUCUUCAUAGUGGAAUCUACAAGGCUCUCAAAGGUGAUCGAGAAGGCUACGUUCAGGCUCGGAUAUACUACCUUGUCUACGUGUGUGAUCAUCACUUUUCCGUGGCGUACGGUCGGCCUCCCAUGUCUCGUGAAGGUUUUAUCAUCGACUCCGCCAGUCGACUUCUGGACACUGAGCAUGCAACUGAGGAUGAUGCAAGAUUGAUCAGUCAAGUCAAAGAGUGGUCUAUCUUGGGUAAGGUAUUCGAUACGUUUGGCGUGGAUGUGGAUACAGCAAUUGCCCCCGAAACGAUCCCCCAUUUACGCCGAUACUCGAUUGCGUUGGAUACCUGGUUUGCCGACUGGCAUGAAAGCUUCAGCGAGAACAGGAGAGUUGGAAACUACCCUCAAAAGGGCGUUGGCUUUCACUUUCACUUUGCGAAACUUUACCUUUGCUCUCAUGCGUUCCGAGGCGUCCCCGCCGCGGAGAAUGCCACACAAUGCUUCUCGCCCGAGUUGGAAGAAAUCGCCAAUGCCGGUGUUCUAUCCGCCAUGUCAAUUCUUCGAGUUAUCGUAUCCGACGCAGAAUUCCGAUCUUUCAUGAACGGUCUUCCCCUAUAUUUUGACACAAUGCUCGCGUUCGCGGUCGUUUUUCUCCUCAAAGUGGCCACCAAAUACGCGACCGUCAUCAGGAUUGACACGUCCAAGAUAUUGUCACUCGUUUCCCAAACGGUGGCCGCUUUGCAGGAGAUUACUCGACCUAUGCACCGACAGCAUCUUCUCGUCGUGAUAGCUGAAGGCCUUGAAAGGCUGCUAGUGAGAUGUCAAGUCCCAGUGCAGACAACACAGGAAGCAGUUUCGCAUGCACCGCCGGCCUUGGAGCAUCAUGCGAACUUUGAAACAGGAUGGAUGGAAAAUAUGGCGAGUUUUGAUUUCCAGACGAAUUUCCCAGACAUGGAUGACUGGUGGCUUCAUUAUAACACCUCAGUUGCUCCCGGUCGUGCCAUGGGACCGCCGAUUUAG